AUGUUAGCAACAACAGCACCAAACUCGUUAGUCAUGAACCCAACUUCUAUGUUAGUAGAGAUGAAAAGCUUCAUUCCUUCUUCAUAUACUUUCGAAACAGAAAUCCAGAAGAUAAAGCAAGAACUUUUAACAAAUAAUUUAGACUGUAGUGCGAAAGAUGAAACAAAUGAACAGUAUCUUUAUGAAAUGCAGGACAUUAUUGACCAUUUACCUAAACUUCCUGAAAUACAACAACAAAAGCUCACUAUUCCAGAAUUCGAUGAAAUAGAAGUCAAAGCAACUGACUCAGUAGAAAUAAAGAAGUUCAUACGUAAGGUUAACUA